UGUGACGACACGCCAUUAAGUGCAGUGUACAAAUGUCGGAUUCCCUGAGGUGAGGUAAAAUGUCAAAAUGAGGUGGAAGCAUUGGUUUCGUAGGAGCCUAUUGCAUCACCCAAGAACAAUAUAGAUACAAAAUCUAACGUCCCCGACCACCACCACCAUCGCCCUCGUCACACUUACGCGCCACCACAACCGCCGCCGAUAAUGGGUGCUGCAGAACCUGUGGUGCACAUAGAAAAUGAAGAAGAAUCAGUGCGUGAAGAAGAAAUGGAGGAAAAAGGGAAAAGAGAAGAUGAAUUGAAGGAUUUGGAGAAAGGUGAGAUGAAUAUUCAUAAAGCAGAAGUUCAAAAUCAGGCUCCAGAAGAAGUUCACAUGUCGAGAAUGCAAAGAUUGAGCAAUUCAAAUCCUUUAAGACUUGUAAUGAAUAAUGCAACAAGAUUUGCUUCUCCUUCGCAUCAGCCCCCUCGCUCUUCUCAGCCGCCUCAGCCUUCUCCUCCUCCUCUGCAGCAGCCUCGCUCUACGCCUACACCACAAGAAUCAGUGAUAACUCUGAAUUCAAGAUCAUACACAAACAAGUUUUCCCUGUUUUUGUUCCUUGUGCAUAUGGUUCUGGCUUUUGGAUUGGUGUGUUUUAUGAUAUUUAAAGGAGUGCAAGGCCUAAUAGAAGAAGGUAAGUCCCAAAGAGAAGAGAAGAGGGUGUUGAAGUAUUUUUUGCCACAAGUUGAGGCUGCCUCUUUUCUUAGCAUAACACUGGCAUUUGUAUGGCAAAAGGCAGUUAGAUUAUGGCCUAAUAUUAUGGUGCUUUUCAUAAUUUGGAGUUCUUUCAUCUUGACUUUAUCGGCCGGGAUUCUUUUAAUUUGCUUCCAAAGGCCAGCAACGGAUGGAGUUGGAGCUCUUUUUAUCGUCUUUGGUAUAGGUAACGGAUUAUAUGCGUGUUGGGUUACGCAUAGGACUAGUUUUUGCUCCAAGAUUUUUAUCAAGGCACUUGAACCUGUAUCCAAAUUUCCUGAUUUAAAUCGUCCUACUUAUUGGAUGCUUGGUGCUGGAUUUUGUUGGAUGUCGUUUUGGAUAUUAGCUGUAAUUGGAUCGCUGAAUUUCUACAUAUCACCAUUGAUUAUAAUUGCAUUGGUAUUGAGCUUGGCUUGGACUGCUGAGGUUAUGAGGAAUGUGGCUAAUUUAACAGUUAGCAGAGUAAUUUCUCUUUAUUAUCUCAGAGGUAUGCAAUCUAAUACCCAGUUUUGCUUCCAAAGGGCCUUGUCAAACAAUCUGGGGAGUGCUUGUCUUGGUUCCCUUUUUGUGCCUGCAAUUGAAGCUUUGAGAAUAUUGGCACGUGGGUUGAAUUUGCUUGAGGGUGAAGAUGAGUUCAUGUUUUCUUGUGCGCAUUGCUGUCUCAGGGUAAUGGAAACAAUCUUUCGACGAGGAAAUGGCUGGGCUUACGUUCAAAUUGCUGCAUAUGGAAAAGAUUUUGUGAAGGCGUCACAAGAUACUUGGGAGCUAUUUGAGAAGAGGGAGAUGGCACCGAUUGUCGACUCUGAUAUAACAAGUGCCAUUUGCUUUCUCACUGGAGUUUGCAGUGGCUCAAUAUGUGUAAUUGUUGUAGCUGCUUGGACAGCCACUGUGCAUCAUGGUUACACUGCAACCCUCUCAGUCCUGGCUGCCUUCAUUGGUUACCUAAUGACGAGGAUUGCCAUGGCGCUACCUCAAGCCUGUGUGAGUUGUUACUAUGUCUGCUAUGCUGAGAAUCCCGAAAAUAGGCUAUUUGAUAAAACAAUACCAGAUCGCGUCAACUUGAUAAAAUCUGGUCGUGAUGUGGUUGUACCAACACCUAGGAUUCCCCGACGGUUCACAAGAUAAUUUGAAGUUCAGACAUUAUGCUCCAAGUGUAAUUUCAAGGGACCCUUGAUCUCUGUCCAAGGCAUACAUAUGAUUAUCUAAGUGUCGUAUUUAUCGAAAUGUAACGUCUUUUGUUGACAUUGAAUCAUUCCUUUAUCACUCUGCUAUUCAAGAAUUUAGUUCCAUACCCAAAUACUUAAAACAUAUGAACAACUAUGAACUAGCCUUUGCUCUCAAUAAAUUUAGAGUGGGUAUGUGAAUGAUUUAUCGCACCCGGUUAAAUUCAUUACUAGAUUAAGCAACUAGAUGUGGUGACGUGAAAGGUUGUCUUGUGAAAGUUUCAUCAGUAUUGGAUGCCUUCGAAUCAGGAGGGACAAAUGGUGCCCACCGAUAUUCCUAUCUACAAAUGCAAAGACAAAUUGUCUU